AUGCGGAUUGUAGCGAAGAAUAUUCCGGUAGUUCUUACGCAGGAGGAGGUGAAAAAGCACUUUUCCGAGAAGGGAGUUCCCACGGACGUCCGCCUUCUGAAGACGCUUCGGGGGGAGAGUCGGGGAGUGGCUUUUUUAGGGUAUAAAACCCCAGAGCAGGCAGAUGCCAGCAUCCUCCACUACAACAAGUCGUACUGCAGGGGAUUCCGGCUGCUCGUGGAGAGAGCAGAGACGCAGAAACUCCCGGAGGAAGCCCCAAAUAAGCGCAGGAAAGAGGAAAAUUCCCCCCUCUCCGACGGACUCAGCGUGAAGGAGAUGAAGGAGAUCCUGGAGCUCCUCAAAAGAAAGAAGGAGAACAUCUGGUACACAGAAGUAGAUGAAGACGCAGGAAAAGAUCCAAAAAAGGGCGAAGAGAAAGAGUCAAUUACGGACCUUAUCAGCAGCUACAAGAAAGAAGCGAGCAAAAGAGACGCAGAGAAGGUUUUGGAGACGGGAGAAGUUUUUAUCCACGGAAUCCCGUACGCAGCGACGGAGGAAGAGGUUGAAACUGCCUUUAGCGAGUUCGGGAUGGUCGCAGAGGUCUUUAUGAAGCACCGAGAGAGGGAAGACGCCUGGGGAGAUGGAGAUGCAGUGAACUCAGGCUAUGCUAUAGUUACUUUUGCCUUUCCGAAAGAUGCUUUUUCUUUAGUUGGAAAAACCGUUAUUUUUCAGGGUCGAAAUGUUAAGGUUCUCCCGAGCAAGGGAAAACCCUCGGAGGAAGUCACGGACAAGAACAAGAGCAACCUCUCACACGGGAAGUACAACCCCGUCUUUUUCAACUUCUCAGCCGUCCUGGGAGUAGCUGCAAAGGAGAAGAAAGUCUCGAAGCAGGAGAUCCUGAAGGACCGCGGAAUUGGAGUCGGAGGAAGAAUUGCCCUCCUGCAGAGUGAGCUCGUGGAGAGGACGAAGAUCUUCCUGAAGGACGAGGGAAUUGCCGUUGAGUGCAACUGCAAAAGGACAGCCUGUACAUGCACUUUCGUCUCUAAGAAGUCCCUUCUCGUGAAGAAUAUCCCGUACGGGACAAGAGAGGGAGAGAUCCGGGAAUUCUUCAAGAAGUACGUUAGAGCAGUCUUUUCCCCCUCGAAGACUCUCCUCGUCCUGGAGUACGGGAAUAAGUCUGACGCCUCUGCGGAGCUGAAGGCGAAUAACUUCGUGCGGAUUCGAGAUCAGCCGGUAUACGUGGAGUUCCUGAAGGUUUCCAGGGAGAGAUACGACAGGGAAGUUGCAGGUCUCCCCCACGUAGUGAAACCUGAAAAUUUAACGGUUUUAGGCGGGAAAGAGUCUAAGCCCUUCCUGAAGGUCAUUUUGAAGAAUGUCCCCUUCCAGGCGGGGAGACCUGAACUUUCAGAGCUCGUUACGGGCCUGAUUGGGAAGGACUUUAUCCUCAGGAUUCCCGUUAAGGCCGAUGGAACCCACAGGGGAUUCUGCUUUGUUGAGACAAGGUCCCCAGAAACAGCGCAGAAACUCCUCGAGAAGCUCCAGUACGUCCACCUGUACGGAAGACACAUAGUCGCACAGCCUGCAGAGGUGUAA